GUCCCUGUCUCGGAUAUAAAGUGGUCGCGUGCUUGCAAGCUCAGUCACUCUGCCGCUGAAGCACCGAUUCUCGCAGCUGCUCACCAAAAACAACCGCCCCACUGACACCGACUACCCUCGGAUCGCAUCUCGAAUUUCUGGAACUGUUUCCGCAAGGACAGAGAUAUAUCAUGUCGUCGCUACGAACUGUCAUAUUUCUGGCCAUGGUCCUGAUGGUGUUGAUCGACUUGUCGAUAGCCCUUCCAGCCGCCGACAAGGAGAGACUUUUAAACGAGGUAGACCUGGUGGACGACGAUGGAAGCAUCGAGACUGCUCUGAUCAAUUACCUGUUUACGAAGCAAAUCGUGAAACGGCUUCGGAAUCAGCUGGACAUCGGGGAUCUCCAGCGUAAACGCAGCUACUGGAAACAGUGCGCUUUCAACGCGGUCUCCUGCUUCGGCAAAUAAAACGUCCAACUAACUCGACGACCGCCAUCGUGCUUUCUUCUUCUUCUUUCUUCUUCUCCUCCGCCUAUAUCUCUCUUGUCCAGUGGUAACUUUUAAAUAGUCGAGUGUAGCUCGACCAACACGAACCCGGUUCUAGUUGUGAACUUUACAUCCGCGCAUAUCCCGCUUCCGCUGAUCUUCGGAUAUCAAUGAUAUCAAAACUCUAAUCAUAUUUCUAGCAGGAAGCGAAUCGUUUGUUCCUACCAUCGCGCUUGAAAUUUGAAUCGUUCAAUGGAAUUUCAUUUAAAAAGGGAAAAGCACGUGGAAAAGACACGGGAAUGUAGCGGAUGUAAAUUAGCACCGAGUUUCCGCAAUACAUUGUAUUCGAUAUUAAAAAAGAAAAUGGUAGAUUAGAUGUUAUCGAGAUUAUAUAUUCUCGCGAUAUAGCGAUCGGCCACCUCGCAUUUUUAUUCUACGUAAAUAGACUUUACGACUUAUUUCGUUGUUCGACGGUGGAGUGGAAUGUAUCGCUACGUUCUUGUAAAUCAAAUUUUACGUUUAUGAACACGGUGGCUGUAAUCAUUAAUGGAGAAAGUUCAAUAAAGAAUUUAUUUCUGUUGUAUGCAA